AUGCUUUUCACUAAGACAUUAUUCACAAGAUUACAACUACAAGGUAAACUUAAACAGAGUAUAACUUUAAACACUAUUAAAUUCAAUCAUAUAAUUAUUUCAAAAGCAAUGGUUCACAACAAAGUCACUAUUAUUGGUUCUGGUCCAGCUGCACACACUGCUGCCAUUUACUUAGGUCGUGCAGAAAUUCCUCCUACUAUGUAUGAAGGUAUGAUGGCUAAUGGUAUUGCUCCAGGUGGUCAACUAACUACCACCACUGAAAUUGAAAACUUCCCUGGUUUCCCAGAAGGGUUAAUGGGCGGUGAAUUAAUGGAUAGAAUGAAAGAACAAUCUGUUAAAUUCGGUAACAACAUUAUUACUGAAACUGUUUCAAAAGUCGAUUUAUCUUCUAAACCAUUUAAAUUAUGGACCGAAUUCAAUGAAGAUGAAGAACCAAUUACUACUGAUGCUUUAAUUAUCUCUACUGGUGCUUCCGCUAAGAGACUACAUUUACCAGGUGAAGAAACUUACUGGCAACAAGGUAUCUCUGCUUGUGCCGUCUGUGAUGGUGCAGUUCCAAUCUUCAGAAACAAACCAUUGGCUGUUAUUGGUGGUGGUGAUUCUGCUUGCGAAGAAGCCCAAUUUUUAACUAAAUACGGUUCAAAAGUCUACUUGGUCGUUAGAAAGGACUAUUUGAGAGCUUCAACUAUCAUGCAAAGACGUGUUGAAAAGAACGAUAAGAUUGAAAUUCUAUAUAAUACUGUCCCACUAGAAGCUAAAGGUGAUGGUAAGUUCCUAACUUCCCUAUUGUCCAACAAUGUCAAAGAAAACAAACAAUUUGAUCUACCGAUCAAUGGUUUAUUCUAUGCUAUCGGCCACAAGCCAGCUACUGAGAUUGUUAAGGGUCAAAUCGAUAUGGAUGAAACUGGUUACAUUAAGACUGUUCCAGGUACAUCUUUGACAUCUGUUCCAGGUGUUUUUGCCGCUGGUGAUGUCCAAGACUCUAAAUACAGACAAGCCAUCACUUCUGCUGGUUCUGGUUGUAUGGCUGCUCUAGAUGCUGAAAAAUUCCUUACCGAACUUUACGAUUAA